AUGUGGGUAAGUUACAGUAUAUAUCAUGUCAGGUUUUCCUCAACUAGGCUACAUAAUCCAAUUAAACAUAAAUAAUUUCAGGUGUGAUUUAAAGGUAUAUACAGUGGGGAGAACAAGUAUUUGAUGCACUGCCGAUGUUGCAGGUUUUCCUACUUACAAAGCAUGUAAAGGUCUGUAAUUUUUAUCAUAGGUACACUUCAACUGUGAGAGACGGAAUCUAAAACAAAAAUCCAGAAAAUCACAUUGUAUGAUUUUUAUGUAAUUAAUUUGCAUUUUAUUGCAUGACAUAAGUAUUUGAUCACCUACCAACCAGUAAGAAUUCCGGCUCUCACAAACCUGUUAGUUUUUCUUUAAGAAGCCCUCCUGUUCUCCACUCAUUACCUGUAUUAACUGCACCUGUUUGAACUCGUUACCUGUAUAAAAGACACCUGUCCACACACUCAAUCAAACAGACUCCAACCUCUCCACAAUGGCCAAGACCAGAGAGCUGUGUAAGGACAUCAGGGAUACAAUUGUAGACCUGCACAAGGCUGGGAUGGGCUACAGGACAAUAGGCAAGCAGCUUGGUGAGAAGGCAACAACUGUUGGCGCAAUUAUUAGAAAAUGGAAGAAGUUAAAGAUGACGGUCAAUCACCCUCGGUCUGGGGCUCCAUGCAAGAUCUCACCUCGUGGGGCAUCAAUGAUCAUGAGGAAGGUGAGGGAUCAGCCCAGAACUACACAGCAGGACCUGGUCAAUGACCUGAAGAGAGCUGGGACCACAGUCUCAAAGAAAACCAUUAGUAACACACUACGCCGCCAUGGAUUAAAAUCCUGCAGCGCACGCAAGGUCCCCCUGCUCAAGCCAGCGCAUGUCCAGGCCCGUCUGAAGUUUGCCAAUGACCAUCUGGAUGAUCAAGAGGAGGAAUGGGAGAAGGUCAUGUGGUCUGAUGAGACAAAAAUAGAGCUUUUUGGUCUAAACUCCACUCGCCGUGUUUGGAGGAAGAAGAAGGAUGAGUACAACCCCAAGAACACCAUCCCAACCGUGAAGCAUGGAGGUGGAAACAUAAUUCUUUGGGGAUGCUUUUCUGCAAAGGGGACAGGACGACUGCACCGUAUUGAGGGGAGGAUGGAUGGGGCCAUGUAUCGUGAGAUCUUGGCCAACAACCUCUUUCCCUCAGUAAGAGCAUUGAAGAUGGGUCGUGGCUGGGUCUUCCAGCAUGACAACAACUCGAAACACACAGCCAGGGCAACUAAGGAGUGGCUCCGUAAGAAGCAUCUCAAGGUCCUGGAGUGGCCUAGCCAGUCUCCAGACCUGAACCCAAUAGAAAAUCUUUGGAGGGAGCUGAAAGUCCGUAUAGCCCAGCAACAGCCCCGAAACCUGAAGGAUCUGGAGAAGGUCUGUAUGGAGGAGUGGGCCAAAACCCUGCUGCAGUGUGUGCAAUCCUGGUCAAGACCUACAGGAAACGUAUGAUCUCUGUAAUUGCAAACAAAGGUUUCUGUACCAAAUAUUAAGUUCUGCUUUUCUGAUGUAUCAAAAACUUAUGUCAUGCAAUAAAAUGCAAAUUAAUUACUUAAAAAUCAUACAAUGUGAUUUUCUGGAUUUACAGACCUCUACAUGCUUUGUAAGUAGGAAAACCUGCAAAAUCGGCAGUGUAUCAAAUACUUGUUCUCCCCACUGUAUCACCUUAACUUAAAAUGUGUGAAUCUUGUCUUUGGGAGUAGUAAUUAUCUAUAGGCCAGUGGGGACAAAAAAAUGUCCAUGAGUCAGUCAGUGGCACAGUUAGCACUGUGAUGCAGUGCCUUAGACCACUGCGCCACUCAGGAGUCCAAACAAAAGAUAACUAUUGUAAAAUAAGUCCAUAAAAUAUAUAUAGUAUGUAUAAUAUAUACACUACCAAUCAAAAGUUUGGACACACCUACUCAUUCAAGGUUUUUUCUUUGUUUUUACUAUUUUUUACAUUGUAGAAUAAUAGUGAAGACAUCAAAACAAUGAAAUAACACAUAUGGAAUCAUGUAGUAACCAAAAAAGUGUUAAGCAAAUCAAAAUAUAUUUUAUAUUUGAGAUUCUUCAAAUAGCCACCCUUUGCCUUGAUGACAGCUUUGCACACUCUUGGCAUUCUCUCAACCAGCUUCAUGAGGUAGUCACCUGGAAUGCAUUUCAAUUAACAGGUGUGCCCUGUUAAAAGUUAAUUGGAGGAAUUUCUUUCCUUCUUAAUGCGUUUGAGCCAAUCAGUUGUGUUGUGACAAGGUAGUGGUGGUAUACAGAAGAUAGCCCUAUUUGGUAAAAGACCAAGUCCAUAUUAUGGCAAGAACAGCUCAAAUAAGCGAAGAGAAACGACAGUCCAUCAUUACUUUGAGCCAUGAAGGUGAGUCAAUACGGAACAUUUCAAGUACUUUGAACGUUUCUUCAAGUGCAGUCGCAAAAACCAUAGAGCACUAUCAUGAAACUGGCUCUCAUGAGGACCUCCACAGGAAUGGAAGACCCAGCGUUACCUCUGCUGCAGAGGAUAAGUUCAUUAGAGUUACCAGCUUCAGAAAUUGCAGCCCAAAUAAAUGCUUCACAGAGUUCAAGUCACAGACACAUCUCAACAUCAACUGUUCAGAGGGGACUGUGUUAAUCAGGCCUUCAUGGUCAAAUUGCUGCAAAGAACCACUACUAAAGGACACCAAUAAGAAGAAGAGACAUGCUUGGGCCGAAACACAAGCAAUGGACAUUAGACCAUAGGAAAUUGUCCUUUGGUCUGGAGUCCAAAUUGGAGAUUUUUGGUUCCAACCGCCGUGUUUUUGUGAGACGAGGUGUGAGUGAACGGAUGAUCUCCGCAUGUGUAGUUUCCACCGUAAAGCCUGGAGGAGGAGGUGUUAUGGUGUGGGGGUGUUGCUGGUGACACUGUUUAUUUAUUUAGAAUUCAAGGCACACUUAACCAGCACGGCUACCACAGCAUUCUACAACGAUACGCCAUCCCAUCUGGUUUGGGCUUAGUGGGACUAUCAUUUGUUUUUCAACAGGACAAUGACCCAACACACCUCCAGGCUGUGUAAGGGCUAUUUUACCAAGAAGGAGAGUGAUGGAGUGCUGCAUCAGAUGACCUGGCCUCCACAAUCUCCCGACCUCAACCCAGUUGAGAUGGUUUGGGAUGAGUCGGACGGCAGAGUGAAGGAAAAGCAGCCAACAAGUGCUCAGCAUAUGUGGGAACUCCUUCAAGACUGUUGGAAAAGCAUUCCAGGUGAAGCUGGUUGAGAGAAUGCCAAGAGUGUGCAAAGCUGUCAACAAGGCAAAGGGUGGCUAUUUUAAGAAUCUAAAAUCUAUUUUGAUUUGUUUAACACUUUUUUGGUUACUACAUGAUUCCAUAUGUGUUAUUUCAUAGUUUUGAUGUCUUCACUAUUAUUCUACAAUGUAGAAAAUAGUAAAAAUAAAGGAAAACCCUUGAAUGAGUAGGUGUGUCCAAACCUUUGACUGGUACUACAUAUUUUAUAUAUAUUUUUACAAAAAAUAAAUAUGGGGUAUUGGAAAUUAUGCAGACACUUACAUUAAUGGAUGCCACAAUCUAUCUGCAAUAUUAAAGCUGAUCUACACCCUAAAAAAUAAAAAUGUGUACAACUUCCUAUGGGAUUGGUUUGACGUCACUUGAGGGAAAUACUUGCAUGAGAUCAUGCUAUAAGGCCUCCCACCCAUGACGUAGCCCAACGUCAAUGAGCUGCUAUUCUGCUGCUUGGAGUUUAGCCUAAAUACACAUCGCUUUCCCUAUCAGAUUAAUGUCAUGGGGAUUUUAUAACAUACAAAAUAACACACAGUAAUUCACAUACAUGAUAAACUGACCCUUUCAAAGAGUUUUGUUUCACUUUGUAACCAUUGUCCUGUUAAUCACCUUUCAUUGUCAUUUGAAUAUGGUGUAGUUACUGUGUUAUUAGUGUUAAUAGUGCUAUUUAGCCUCAAUACACAAUACAGCAUUGCCGGUGUAAUUUGCAAACUCCAUCUCAUGUACUACAGAAACACUGCUAACCAAACAACAGUGCUAGUUGCCUGCACACUUAAAUAAAAGGGUAACCACACUCAAAAAUCAAGAUUUCUUAGAUAUUUUCCAGACCUCAAAAGUGGUCUCCUGAUGUGGUUUAAACAUUGAUAUGGACUUAGAACAUACAAUUUUGUUGUUUUUCUGUGAAGAAAGUGUGACUUUGAGAGUAAAAACAUGAAAAAUGAGGAAACAUCUGAAACCUGUUAAUUUUUCUGUUUCAACGGUAGGCCUACUAUUAGUCUACUUCCACAGUACAGCUUGGGUUGGCCUGACUGUGAAAGACCAAUAUGGGAUCGAUCAUUUUAGGUAAUUCAGAGUGUAUGUCAUUGUUUGUCAUAUAAUUUUUCACACAGGGCACCUUUCCUUCACUGGGUGGGAAGUUUGGAAAUUUGUAGAACAAAUUUGAGUAUACCCACUUCUCCAGGCACCACUACACCACUGACAAAAGCUGUCUGUCUAAACAAAAUCCUGGUCUGGCAGAGAGUCACAAGUUAUUGGAUGAAACCUUGUGUUCUUGUUAAUUAUAACAGUGACAUAGCACAAGUGGAAAUGACUCGGCACACCAAACCCACAGGGAUGUAACCAACACUGUGUACUGUGUGGGGACGGAGCCAUCUUACAAGAAUAUAAAGCGCAGGACGCUAUUGCGUUAGUUUUAGAUAAACUAGCUUAUUUGAUAUUGUAUUUCUUAAAUGUUUUAAUCCUCAGAGUCAUGACUCAUUGUUUAAUCCAUUUGAAGUUGUCAUCAAUUUUGUGUUCACUGAAAACAGCUAGGAUAGAGUGCUACUCAAAAUAAUUGUUUUAGGCCUACAUUGUAUCAGAUGAUUCCUCACGAAACUAGAACAAAAAAGACCAUUUGGGGAUUUUCACCUAAUUUAAUCCAUAGAAGGGUCCUUUGAAAAAAUAAUUUUCAACAUAUAUUUAACAUUUGUAGCUUAAAGUAUAAUUGAGAAAUCAUUAAUUGAAGUUGGAAUAUUUGUGAAAUUGUGGGCUUUCCCAGGCCUCCUUUAGGACUCCAUCAUUAUUCAUUUGUAGGUGCUACAAAGCAAAAGUUGGUGUCUAUUGAAGCUUUACCGCUUUCUCUGGAAUAUGAGGAGUAUUUUGAUUUCAAUAACAAAUGUCUUAAUAUUCAUGUUUAUAUUUUUCAAUAUUCAUAAAUGUUUGUAAGAAAUGUGUUAGGCUAUUGAAAUCAAAAUACUACUCAUAUUACAGAGCAAGCGGUAAAGCUUCAUAUGAUACAAUAGGUACUUAUCACAGUGGCAGACCGUUCCUUCUCUUGCUAGAACAAAAGCAGUACCUGCUGCGUGCCGACCCGGUAGCGACGAACCUGACAUUUCUACUUGGCCAACAACUUGACUUUGAGCCAAUCAAAGAGCACGAGCCUCCACAUGGGGGAGUCAACAGGAGUGACAACAAAAAGGAAAAAAGAGGGCAUUUUCUCAGUACAUCCACGUUAAAUGUCAUGAGCCAGUCACAUUUCAUAUGGAAUGUAGGCUGUGGGAUAGUAGCUAGCUAAGUGCACAGAUGCAAUUCACACAACACUAGGCUACUUCCUCCAAGCUAGCUAACCACUGUAGCUAGUAUUGACAUUAUAAUUAAAUCACAAUGGAUUAGUUUCCAUGAAACAGCUGCCUGUGUUAGCUGCUUGGUUAGUGCAGUGUCCUAAGCUAGCUAGCUAUGUUGUGCUAGCUAGCGAAUAUGCUAACAUUAGCUAGCUAAACAUUUGGCUAUGGGCUGGCACUGGCAGUAUGGGAUAAUAGAGAGUGAAUUAAAUUAUUUCUUAAUCAUCUUGCUAGGUAGUUAUCUGGCUGUGGCUAGGGCUGUGGCUGUCAUGAAAUUUUGUCAGCCGGUGAUUGUCAUUCAAAUAACUGCUGGUCUUAUGGUAAUUGACCAUUCAUUAACAUAAACACGUUUAGCAUCUCAGGCUCCCAUGCAUAGCCUACAAGCCAAUGAUGCGGACCUUUGGAACAUCUACAUUGUUUAAAGUUUAAUAAAUCAAUUUAAUAUAGCCUACACCAUCACAAUAAAUCCAUUAUUUAUUUUAGGCAGGUCUAAAGAAACAUGAUAUGAAGAAAAUGUAGCCUAUUUCAGAAGAACAGAAUAGCAUAUUCUGAGUCAUCCUUAUGUUAGGCCCUGAUCUGGCUAUGCCAUAUGGCUGUGCGCUACACUAGUUCAUUUAGCAGGCAAGAUUUGCUCAUAAUUCCGGUGGCAUUAUUUUAUAUUAUUUUAUAGUAAGAACAAUACAAUGGAACAUAACUUAAUGAAAUAGAAAGGAUAUUUUUCCCCAAACAAUUUGAGGGAGUGCGCAAUGGCGGCUAUUGGGUUAAGGGUUAACAAAGUAUGCCUAAUUUAGAGUUAUUCAUGCAACUUUAGUUGUGAUACAAACUUUAGGCUAUAUGUUUUGAUUUCUUAUACAUUCUACGCUGCAUGAUGUGACGAAUGAAAAAAGUCGCAUGAAAGUGAAGGGCUCUGCUCUUCUUGCACAGGCUGCAUACGCUUAAUCAGUCUUUCAUUCACAAUUUGACAAGCACUUGAUAAUAUUCUCAAGCCAUGUUCUCAAUUUAAUCAGUUUUUUACAUAUAGCCUACUAAUAUAUUAUUUUUGAUUUAGAUUGGCCCACACAAAAAAGUAAAACAUUCAUAGCCUGCAAAAUAGCUAAUGGAGGUUAUGUGCAGUUACUUUUUUUAAAUGCCAAUUAGGCUACAUCAUUUGUAAAGCAGAUUAAUGUGCUUAAUUUUUAAGAAUUGACCAAUAAAUAUAAACUCAGCAAAAAAAGAAACGUCCUCUCACUGUCAACUGCGUUUAUUUUCAGCAAACUUAACAUGUGUAAAUAUUUGUAUGAACAUAACAAGAUUCAACAACUGAGACAUAAACUGAACAAGUUCCACAGACAAGUGACUAACAGAAAUUGAAUAAUGUGUCCCUGAACAAAGGGGGGGUCAAAACCAAAAGUAACAGUCAGUAACUGGUGUGGCCACCAGCUGCAUUAAGUACUGCAGUGCAUCUCCUCCUCAUGGACCAGAUUUGCCAGUUCUUGCUGUGAGAUGUUACCCCACUCUUCCACCAAGGCACCUGCAAGUUCCCGGACAUUUCUGGGGGGAAUGGCCCUAGCCCUCACCCUCCGAUCCAACAGGUCCCAGACGUGCUCAAUGGGAUUGAGAUCCAGGCUCUUCGCUGGCCAUGGCAGAACACUGACAUUCCUGUCUUGCAGGAAAUCACGCACAGAACGAGCAGUAUGGCUGGUGGCAUUGUCAUGCUGGAGGGUCAUGUCAGAAUGAGCCUGCAAGAAGGGUACCACAUGAGGGAGGAGGAUGUCUUCCCUGUAACGCACAGCGUUGAGAUUGCCUGCAAUGACAACAAGCUCAGUCCGAUGAUGCUGUGACACACCGCCCCAGACCAUGACGGACCCUCCACCUCCAAAUCGAUCCCGCUCCAGAGUACAGGCAUCGGUGUAACGCUCAUUCCUUCGACGAUAAACGCGAAUCCGACCAUCACCCCUGGUGAGACAAAACCGCGACUCGUCAGUGAAGAGCACUUUUUGCCAGUCCUGUCUGGUCCAGUGACGGUGGGUUUGUGCCCAUAGGCGACGUUGUUGCCGGUGAUGUCUGGUGAGGACCUGCCUUACAACAGGCCUACAAGCCCUCAGUCCAGCCUCUCUCAGCCUAUUGCGGACAGUCUGAGCACUGAUGGAGGGAUUGUGCGUUCCUGGUGUAACUCUGGCAGUUGUUGUUGCCAUCCUGUACCUGUCCCGCAGGUGUGAUGUUCGGAUGUACCGAUCCUGUGCAGGUGUUGUUACACGUGGUCUGCCACUGCGAGGAUGAUCAGCUGUCCGUCCUGUCUCCCUGUAGCGCUGUCUUAGGCGUCUCACAGUACGGACAUUGCAAUUUAUUGCCGUGGCCACAUCUGCAGUCCUCAUGCCUCCUUGCAGCAUGCCUAAGGCACGUUCACGUAGAUGAGCAGGGACCCUGGGCAUCUUUCUUUUGGUGUUUUUCAGAGUCAGUAGAAAGGCCUUUUAAGUGUCCUAAGUUUUCAUAACUGUGACCUUAAUUGCCUACCGUCUGUAAGCUGUUAGUGACUUAACGACCGUUCCACAGGUCAUGUUCAUUAAUUGUUUAUGGUUAUUUGAACAAGCAUGGGAAACAGUGUUUAAACCCUUUACAAUUAAGAUCUGUGCAGUUAUUUGGAAUUUUACGAAUUAUCUUUGAAAGACAGGGUCCUGAAAAAGGGACGUUUCUUUUUUUGCUGAGUUUAGCAGCACUGUAACGUAUUGGGAGUCGGAAAGCAAGUGCAGGUGGUGUGUUUGAUAGUAAACAGAACAUAGAACAAUAUAACAAACACGAGUAGCGUAUAGACACAUAAACACUGACUGGGGAAAGAACCUAAGGGAGUGCCAGAUAUAGGGGAGGUAAUAAGUGAGGUAAUAAGUGAGGUAAUGGAGUCCAGGUGUUUCUGAUGAUGACGUGCAGGUUGGCGUAAUGAUGAACCCAGGUGUGCGUAAUGAUGGAUCCCAGGACCCGUGGUUAGUAUACCGGCGACGUUGAACGCCGGAGGGGAGGAGCGGGAGUAGACGUCACAAGCACGAGAAAGCUGUGAUCUGCUUUUAAAUAGUGGCCAGUCAAAACUCUGUUUUCACACGUGAUUGCGCAAUGACUGGGCUUAUAAAAACACGUUUAACUAGGCUCUGUAGCCGAUGGGCUCUCCAACCAUGUUCCAAGGGUCUUUGGCCUAUAGGCUACGUUUGGAGUUAUUUGGACACUUUAUUUGUGUUACAAACCUUAGCAAAACAUAUAGGCCUGUGGGCUAGGCUACAUGAUGCAUGCGACUAUGAUUUGAAAAAGUCGAGAGAUAAAAAAGGCAUGCGCUGUCCAUCAUUCACAAGUGAUAAUAUUCUUACCAUUCAGACUAUUCUCAAUUUAAUCUUGUUUUUGCAUAUACUAAAUAAUAUGUGUGAAAUUAGUUCUGAUUUAGAAUGGGCCAGUAUCAUGCACCUGUCGGAACAGCGGCAGGGUAAAAAAAGACGUCAUCCAUAUGCACUUGAAUAGCAAAUGGAGGACGCUUUUUCCGCGGUUAAUUUUCAUGCCAGCCAGGUAGGCUCCUCUAUAGGCCUAGCCUAUAGAAAGCUCAUGAGAUCCUCCUCUUUUUAAUAAAAGUCAUCAAACUGUUUUCUCACGCAAUUGAAUAGCAUAGCCUAUAUAAAUGUUGCGCAACAGAAACACUUAUUUGAUUACAUGCAUCAACGAGCUAUAAGGAGCUGGCUCUCGCUGCACAACAGGUGAUGGAUCGUAUUCCACUCAAACUCUGAAUGACAUGCUGUCAUUAAGUUUUGGAUUUGAUUUUUGAUUGUGUUUGCAUUGAUGUCAGACUGAUCAUUAGAGGGACAAUAGAGCGCUGAGUACCAGCCAUUAGUGACUGGCCAUUAGCAAGUUUGGUAGGCUACUAAGAACAUCAGAGGCAUCAGACCACAGUUGUGGAGAAGCCGUGACUCAAUGGUCACGUGGAAUUUGACUGCGGUCAUGACUCCUGACUGCUGGUGCGGCGGUAAUGUCACCAUAACAGGUCUAGCUGUGGCCAUCUGGCUAGUAUCAACAAGGGCUUUCUACAAAAUAGCAACAUUAGUGCAGCUAGCUAGCUAACAUUGGAAUCUAGACCAUAAACUAAGCAACACACAAGGACAUGCAUUGCCAAACAACGCUACUGCCACCUUCUGGUUUGGAGUAUUUUAACAAGGCUGAGUGGCUGACGACUUCAGAGGUCUUUGCUGUGUGAACACAAAAGAGAUUGACUGCCAACAAUCUGUUCAGAGGUGAUAAGUAUUGUCGGCAGGCAAACGUUUGACAAUCCUAUGGGUGUGUCUGAGCUAUUAAAGCAGGCCUGGGUAAGGCCAAAAUGUCACAAAUAUUCCAACUUCAAUUCCUUAUUUCUCAAUUAUGCUUUAAGAUAUAAAUGUCAAAUAUAUGUCAACAAUCCUUCCACCAAAGGACCCUUCUGUGGAUUAAAUGUAGUGAAAAUAAAAAUAUAUACAGUACCAGUCAAAAAAUCAAUUUUAAUUCCAGGUUUAAGGCAACAAAAUAGGAAAAAUGGCAAGGGGGGUGAAUACUUUUGCAAGCCACUGUAGGUAGAGCCCUAUCUGUGCACGUGCCUGCUUUGCACAUUUAUUUUACGAUAUGAAAAUGUUGCUUAUAAUCUCUUUUGCAUGAGAGACCUGCAAAACCUAGUCCAUGUGUUGUCCCUGGUUCUAGGCGGGGCGUUUCCUGCAGGCGGUGGUCCAGUACCAGCGCAUUGUUUUGUGGCUUGAGAUGGAGUUUGGUGUAGGGAAGGAGCAGCAGCAGACGAUCCAGAACUUCCUACUGGUCUCCCAGCUCAACCUGGCAAUGUGCUACCUGAGGCUGAGAGAGAAUGCACUGGUUGUGGAGAACUGCAACAAGGUACACUCUCAAUGCAUACCUGGCUGCACGCAUGGGAUCCCCACACACAUAUACAUGUAUACCAUAUACUGAAGCCACACACAGCAUGCAGCUAGUGCCUGUGCAUGGAAUAGCAUACAGUUGUUUGUGUCUUUAACUAUUUGCUCUGGGUCAGUGGGGUGGUAUACAUACAGUACCAGUCAAAAGUUUGGACACACCUACUCAUUCAAGGGUUUUUCUUUAUUUUGACUAUUUUCUAUAUUGUAGAAUAAUAGUGAAGACAUCAAAACUAUGAAAUAACACAUAUGGAAUCAUGUAGUAACCAAAAAUGUGUUAAUCAAAUCAAAAUAUAUGUUAUAUUUGAGAUUCUUCAAAGUAGCCACCCUUUGCCUUGAUGACAGCUUUGCACACUCUUGGCAUUCUCUCAACCAGCUUCAUGAGGUAGUCACCUGGAAUGCAUUUCAAUUAACAGGUGUGCCUUGUUAAAAGUUCAUUUGUGGAAUUGCUUUCCUUCUUGAUGCGUUUGAGCCAAUCAGUUGUGUUGUGACAAGGUAGGGGUGGUAUACAGAAGAUAGCCCUAUUUGGUAAAAUACCAAGUCCCUAUUAUGUCAAGAACAGCUCAAAUAAGCAAAGAGAAACGACAGUCCAUCAUUACUUUAUGACAUGAAGGUAAAUUAAUCCGGAAAAUGUCAAGAACUUCAAGUGCAGUCGCAAAAAACAUCAAAGCGCUAUGAUGAAGCUGACUCUCAUGAGGACCGCCACAGGAAAGGAAGACCCAGAGUUACCUGUGCUGCAGAGGAUAAGUUCAUUAGAGUUAACUGCACCUCAGAUUGCAGCCCAAAUAAAUGCUUCACAGAGUUCAAGUAACAGACACAUCUCAACAUCAACUGUUCAGAGGAGACUGCGUGAAUCAGGCCUUCAUGGUCGAAUUGCUGCAAAGAAACCACCACUAACUUCAAUAAGAAGAAGAGACUUGCUUGGGCCAAGAAACACGAGCAAUGGACAUUAGACCUGUGGAAAUCUGUCCUUUGGUCUGAUGAGUCCAAAUUUGAGAUUUUUGGUUCCAACCGCCGUGUCUUUGUGAGACGCAGAGUAGGUGAACGGAUGAUCUCCGCAUGUUUAUUUAGAAUUCAAGGCACACUUAACCAGCAUGGCUACCACAGCAUUCUGCAGCGAUACGCCAUCCCAUCUGGUUUGCGCUUAGUGGGACUAUCAUUUGUUUUUCAACAGGACAAUGACCCAAAACCCACCUCCAGGCUGUGUAAGGGCUAUUUGACCAAGAAGGAGAGUGAUGGAGUGCUGCAUCAGAUGACCUGGCCUCCACAAUCACCCGACCUCAACCCAAUUGAGAUGGUUUGUAUGAUUGGCUCAAACGCAUUAAGAAGGGAAGAAAUUCCACAAAUUAACUUUUAACAAAGCACACCUGUUAAUUUAAAUGCAUUCCAUGUGACUACCUCAUGAAGCUGGUUGAGAGAAUGCCAAGAGUGUGCAAAGCUGUCAUCAAGGCAAAGGGUGGCUGCUUUGAAGAAUCUAAAAUAUAACAUAUAUUUUGAUUUGUUUAACACUUUUCUGGUUACUACCAAAUGCGUUAUUUCAUAGUUUUGAUGUCUUCACUAUUAUUCUACAAUGUAGGAAAUAGUAAAAAUAAAGAAAAACCCUUGAAUGAGUAGGUGUGUCCAAACUUUUGACUGGUACUGUAUAUGUUUUUUAUUGUUAUUGUUUCAUGAGGAAUCACUAAGCUACAUGCUAUCCUAUAAUGAGCGCAUUUUGGUUUCUGAUUAAAAAUAUAUGUAUAUAUAUAUAAUUUAUUAUGAGUAUUAAUCAUAAUCCUCUGGCACUAUUCCUACGAGUUUUUCCCAUCCAUCAUAGUCACUGUCACUUCAUAUGUUGGAAAGUAAGUUAAUUGAGCAUGAUCAUAUUCUGUUGCUCUACUAAAACACAUUCAACAAUUUACUGGACUAGGUAACAUCAGGAAAGCCUAAUUCUAAGGGAUAUACUUCAUCUGUUUCAUAUCCCUCAGGUAAAAGGAGUCAGGGCAUUAGACAGUCAGUCCAAUAAAGUAAGUGCUUUAUUGCCCAUGUCCUGUUCUGUUUUUGUUUUUGUUCUGCAAUGCCUACUGCUGGUUUAGUUUCCUAGUUAACACUACGCCUGUACACAAAUGUUGACGUUGCGCAUUGCUCACCAGAACUCAUUCCAAAAAAUUACUUUGAUGCUCACAUAGUUUUGGGGUGUUCGGGAUGGUUUUUCCAAACACAGCAGAAAUGCAUUUUUUAGGAUGUGCAAUUGUGAAUCUAUAUGUAUUUAUACAAAAGUAUAAUUAUACUUAUUUGUUUAGAUUUUAAGGAAUUCUUGUAUUAUUGCUGAACUAUCAUUUUGCUUAUCUUCAGCAACAAUACUUGUUCUGAAAAUAAUAUGCGUUCUCUUCCAAACAGACUCUAGAAUUCAAUGCCACUAUUAUCAGAAAGAGAGAGAGUGUGUGUGUGUGUCUGUCUGUCUGUGUGCUGCUUUCAGGGAACAGAACGUGAUGCGCGUGUGUGUCUCUGUGUUGUGUGUGCGUGCGUGCAUGUGUGUGUGUGCGGUAACUGCAAGCACGAGGGCGGGUUCAUGCAAGGAUACCGAGUCAUCAGGAAGUGAAACAGAACAGAAUGUGCUGCACUAAUCUGUUUGAAAAACUGAGUGGUCAGAAGAAAGAAGAAAAAAAUACAAUGUUUUAUUUAAGCUAAAAGAUAAUUCUGUGUCAUAUGCGAAGAAGAGCAACAACAAUAAAAACAACAAAACAUUUGAACCACAGACACAAGACAUUUUGUUUGAUUGUGUCAGCCCAUAGUGUGAGAAAAGUUGCCUAGUGCACUCUCACUCAAACAUGAACACCGCGACGAAAAUAAAGCUGAGCAACAUAAUGCUCUUUGUUUGUUAGCGAGACAUGUGUUACGCAACCCCAUCAGUUUAAUCUCCUGUCCUAACCCUUUUUAGCUGUGGACUUUUGGCCUCCGGGGGUCAGAGGGGUUGAUAGUUGAGGAACAUGAAAGUCGUCUGGCUGAACCGCGCUGUGCUCUAAUUCAUACAUUCCGUUAGAUAUUGUUUCAGAGCUUAGAGUGCUGAGCUGUGGGCCAGAGUCAACUACUAAACCCUGUUUUUUGAAUGAAUGGAGCAAAGCCAAGCACAGUGUUUGUGGUAUAAAUAAGGUAGAUGGAGGGACCUGGCUGUAGGAGAGGGGGAUGAGUGAAAAGAAGAAAGGGAUUAUGUUUUAUUGGAAGGCAAAGACAGAGGAAUGUUUGUAAUUAGAAACUAGGUCAAACAGUCUGAACUUAACCAAAGCCUAUAGGCUACUGGUGGUGACGCUUGUUGGGGUUCCAUGACUCCUAAUUGUCCCACUCGAUGAAAUCGGCAGGGGGACUAUGGAUCUGUCACCGUCCAUAUGUUAGUACGUCGUUACUAGCUAUAUCUCAGACACCACUGACGCGAUUUUAAUAAAACUUGGGUGAACAAGCAUAUCUCCUGCCCUGUUUUCCCAUAUUGACGAAUCUUGGAUGAAUGAUGCUUCUUGCCAUCAACAUCCGGCAUUUACAAAAUUACACGAAUUGGACCAAGGGUAGAGCUAUAGUAACACCAACACUUGAUUGUUUGUUUCUCUCUCUCAUUAACCCACCCAACAUACAUUUGAAUAAUUGUCACUAAUUGCCCCAAGGGGGGUGCUGUAUCAUUCGUUUAUAAUUAGCAUUAUCAAAUAUAAUCUCAUAUUGCGGUGUUAAAGUAACUGUUCAGUGAAAAUCUCACUUUUAAAAGUCCAUAUUCUAUUAACUCAUACCCAAAUAAUGUUGUUGACUCAUCCCAUACUCGUAUUUGUGGCCAAAGCAUAAAUUGCAGGACCGAGUUUGGGAAACCCUGUCAUAAAUGCUAGAUAAACAAUACUAAUUUAUUCUGCAUUACGUACUGUGCAAUAUAAGGAAAUCAGUCAAUUGGGCUGGCGUGGUUACUUGUGCUUGUGAGGCCGGUUGGACGUAUUGCCAAAUUCCCUAAAACAACGUUGGAGGCGGCUUAUGGUAGAGAAAUGAACAUUCAAUUCUCUGGAAACAGUCCUGGUGGACAUUCCUGCAGUCAGCAUGCCAAUUGAAUGCUCACUCAAAACAUGAGACAUCUGUGUUAUUGUGUUGUGUGACAAAAUUGCACAUUUUAGAGUGGCAUUUUUUUGGGUCCCCAGCACAAGGUGCACCUGUGUAAUGAUCAUGUUGUUUAAUCAGCUUCUUGAUAUGCCACACCUGCCAGGUGGAUGGAUUAUCUUGGUAAAAGAUAAAUGCCCACCAACAGGGAUGCUUUUUGUGCAUAUGGAAAAUGUCUGGGAUAUUUCAUUUCAGCUCAUGAAAUAUGGGACCAACACUUUACAUGUUGCGUUAAAAUGUUUGCUCAGUAUACAUAAUUGGUCUCUCUACACAGCACUUUUAUUGAAGAAAAAAAUACUUGCCCAUGUAGUCAUACCAGAGGAGAUAGUCAUACUACUCCACUCCAGUAGACGGCGAUAUGCUAGGGGUAGAGCACUUUCUUUACUAACCUCAGCAGAGAUACUUUUGAGGAGAUGGGAAAUUCCAUUGAAAUCGUAUUAACGCCCAUUGUGUACGUUGCCGAUGCGUUGUCAAUGGGCCGACGCAUUGUGGGCGACUAUGAGACAAGGCGCGCUCUCCUUCAAGUAGUGAAUGGGAGUCAAUGGGGCGCUAGCUCAAAAACCCAACAUUAGUAUGAAUUUCGUCAACAAGAAGUACAACAUUACAAAUCUUUUCCGAGAUGUGAGAUAAUUAACUUAUUCUCUGUAAUAUCAUAUAACUUUGGAAUCGUGACAUUACGUACUUCUGAAGACAAUAGGCAGGUUUCUCGACUCAUACUCUUACUUUGAGAAGGGAUUGCGUGACGAUUAUCUUAGCAUCCGCGUGACGCAGAAUGACAACGUCACCGCGAUUGGUCGACUGUCUGCUGGAUAAGGCCUUGUAAUUUUCCACAGUCGUGUGACGAUUAUUUUAGCAACCGCGUGACGCAGCAUGACAACGUCACCGCGAUUGGUCGACUGUCUGCUGGAUAAGGCCUUGUACUUUACCACAGUCGUUAUUCAUGGAAUUCCUAUCUCCUACUUUCUCUAAUAUUUCUGCCCCAAACUGGCUAGGUAUUUAUUUCCGGUCAACGCCAUUUUCGAACGCCUUGUGGACUUCUUCUGCUGCUAGCAAAGAUUCUUCGGCGCCGUAAUUGGAGAAUUUUGCGAAUAUAUAACUGGUAACAUUUCGAUUAAUGGAACUGGGAAUUAAAACAAUUUAAGAUUUAACAACAUGCGCUGUAAAACUGUUUUACAGACGAAUAGUUCAAUUGAACCGUCAACAAAAGCCAGCUAGCUAAUAGCUAGCUAACCCCGAUGCGCCUCCACAGCUAAUGGUUGCUAACUAAUGGAAGCUAACAAUAAACAGCAUUGGCUUGCUAGAGUGAUACAAUUAAUACUUUUUGUUGUGUACUAACUGUCUGUCAUUUGUAAAUGCAUGUACUUAUACACUUGUUGCUUAAAGGUGUAACUAUCGAUCGUAUUAAGCUCAAUUAAAUCAAUCUCAUUGUUUUGUUAACUACUUAGUUGGCAAGUUCGAAACCUAACGUUAAUAUUAGCUAACGUUGGCUAAGCACUAUAACUUGUUCGGUAACGUUACCUAGCUAACUAAUCAAGUUACCCUCUUUUGUUCCAGUUAUUGAUUGGUUAUUUCGUCAGCCCUUCAAAGGAAACCAGGAUCCGUCUAGAUGGGAGGUAAUUAGCUAUGCAUCCAUCGUCUUUCCCGGUCUACUCACCUGUAGACCUCCUAACACUAACAGCGUUGUCACAAAUUACCAUAUAUGGAUUUUAUAAUGAAUGUAAUUGUGCAUGACUGGAUGUCAUCUAGAUUAUUUUUUUUUCUUCUUUUACCUUUCACUCUCAGAACCUGCUCAUCUCAGAGAUUGUCCUCUGGAUUGCAAGGUGUAUGUUGGGAACUUGGGAAACAGUGGAAACAAGACUGAGUUGGAGAGGGCGUUUGGGUACUAUGGCCCACUGCGGAGUGUGUGGGUGGCCAGGAACCCCCCAGGCUUUGCCUUUGUCGAAUUUGAGGAUCCCAGAGAUGCAACCGAUGCUGUGAGAGAACUGGAUGGACGGUAGGCCUCAAGGGGAAAUUCACUUGAAUAUUUGGAUCGUAGCUCAUGACAUACAAACAUUGAAAGAGUAUUCAGGUUUAACUUGUGUUAUUCUGCUAUUGAUCUAUGUGAACAGGACGCUGUGUGGCUGCAGAGUGAGAGUUGAGUUGUCUAAUGGGGAGAAACGCUCGAGGAGCCGUGGACCUCCCCCCUCCUGGAGCCGUCGCCCUGGACGUGAAGACUACAGCAGCAGGCGCCGUGGGAGCCCGCCUGUCAGACGCCGGUAUAAUAUAUCGUCUUUCACCUACACUUAUUCUCACCCACCUUUUAACAUGUACUCCUACACAUGUUUAUGACCUACCUACCUUGCCAGCCAACCCCACACUCUUCCAUCACAUCUCCCUCACUUCCAACUGUUCCAUAUGUACUAUCAUUUCAAUUUAGAUGCCUGGACCUGACACACACACUCCUGCACUGUAGGUUGGUUAGUGCAGUGAUACAUGUUUUACUAUGGACACAAUCAGAGCUGGGAAAUUUUAAUUUACUCAUCACAGGGACUGGGUCCCUUUUCCCAGUGACAAUUUUGGUGAUUUUGAAAGGUUUAAUUCAGUCAUCAUUUGUUUUGAUCUAGGCAAUACAUUUUUGAAGUGACAUUCUUUUAGAUAAUUGGAACAAUUAUCAAAUUUUGAUAAAGGGGGCACUUGUUUGAUCAUUUGAGUACUAUAUGGAUGUUAGUUGCAUUUUUCUCAGUUUGAUUUUUUUCUAUCUAUAUUAAUAAAAAUGAACCCCGUUGCAGAGUCAUCACCAUGCCUCUUCUCACCACCCUCUCAGACAGUCAACUAGUCCUCUUACAGCAUCAUGUGACCACUGACCAGCGGCAGCACCGUGCCCCACCCAAUCAGCUUGGCUGGUGCCGUGUCACAUGACCCAGGCAUGGCCAGUCAUGUUCCGCUCCAGCCUAUUGGUUCCUGAGCAUGCAGCUCUCAGCCUCCUCCUCCAACCUUAACCCAAUCGGCAUCGUCGCAGCCCACCUCACAAUUCUGACCAAUCAGCGAUUUAACUCCUUUCCCCAAUUAUCAACACAACUACCUACAAGCAGCACAGCAGCCCUCGGCUAACCCCAAAAAGACAGGGAAAAUCUACAUCUACUGUACCCCCUCCAGCCAACCAACUUCAUAUCUCCAACAAUUGCAACUUGUGGCAAAUCCUCUCUGCAAAUUCUACCUCCCUCGCCAUCAGUCUGGCUUCCUUGUGUCAUUUCUAUCUUGUGUCCAAACCCCCAAAAAUAGUAAGUUCCUUUUCUCCUGCUUUUUGUAGUGUCAUGCUUACCACAGGUUUGGUUUUACAGCUGCUUGACGGUAUGAAACUGGCAGUCAGGGAAAUUGUGAAUUUAGUUUCAAACAUCAACUUGUGAGUACAAUAAUAAGAAUCUUGAAUCUCCCUCCCAUAGAUCACAAAUGAAAAGCUUUUAUCCUUAAACUCAAAAGUUGUGUGUUCUUGGAGCUGCCCUGGUUAGCAUGAACUGUGUGAGGUCCAAUAUUGGUAGUGUGCCCUAUGUACAUCUGUACAACAAAACAGUACAGUAUGUAGCUUAUAAGUCUGCAUACCUGUACUUAAAAAUGUUCUAUAUCUCUAAUUCAUUGUCUCACUUUGUUUUAUAAGAGGUCUCAUUUUGACCUCAGGUGGUUGUCCUGGCAUUCUGUCCUCUAGCAGGGGUGCAGAGGAUGCCCUGUUCUGAUCUGGCGGCAGAAAGAGGAAGGCUGUGUGGUAUUGUGUAAUGAUUGGAAUGACGUUUCUUCAGGGAUAAGGAAUGCAAUAUUUGACUUGAGUUGAUGCGUUUAUGCACUGUAUUAACUUUUUUUCCUGCUCCAUCCACCUCCAGCUCUCCUAGGAGGAGGAGCUUCAGCCGCAGUCGCAGCAGGUGAGCCUAAAUGCCACUUUACCCCAGCCUCCACAACUUAAUCAGUGUUGUGGUAACUAACUAUAGUCUUCCUAAAAAACAUGAAUAGAUCUGCCCCCAAUAGUAGAUCGGUCUAGUACACAUUAGGGGUGUAACAGUACACCAAACCCAUGGUUCGGUACAUAUUGCAGUUUUGGGGUCACUGUUUGGUUUCGGUACAGCGGGAAAAUGAAAUGCCAACAGUUACUGUAGUAAAUGUUUGUUAAGAAAAUGCAAAGUGUUGAUCAUACAUGAAAAAAGGAAUACCAUGAGUCCUAUAAUGUCUGAUGAAAGCACAAUCAGGAAUACCAACACUUUGUAUAUUUUAUUUUUAUGAACACAUGAUUACAUUUACGUCAUUUAGCAGAUGCUCUUAUCCAGAGCGACUUACUCAACAACACUAAAAUAAACCGCAAUAUGUGUGUGUGAAAUCGAUGUAAACAUGGCUCAGACAUUGUAUAGGCCUAUGCUAUAAUGUUUUCUUACAAAGAGUAGCACACUACUCGUCAUUUCCCACUCCUGGGUAAUGUAAUGGGCUGUCACUGUUAAGUAGCUCUGGAGGUCCAUCCAUCUGUAGUAAACGCAACAGCAUUGGCCAAUUCAUUGACAACUUCGGCUUUUAGCUUGCUUAUAUACAAGCUGUUUGCUAAAAUGGGUGCGAGAGGGCGAAGUUCGGAACGUGGCUCGAGCACUUUAGAGGUGCUGAAACCCCCUAUUCUUAACCACAGAGAAUGGGCGCAUAUCCGCGGCUAUAAACAUACCUAUCACUCUUGUAAUUUCUUUGGCCCGGUCAGAAUCUCGACUGCGCCUCACAAAAUAUUGAAAUUUUUAUUACAACUUGUGCAUAGGCUCAAGUUCUUUGUUGUAUUUUACCCCCUUUUUCUCCCCAAUUUCGUGUUAUCCAAUUACGAUCUUGUCUCAUCGCUGUAACUCCCCAACUGGCUCGGGAGAGGUUAAGGUUGAGCCAUGCGUCCUCCGAAACAUGACCUGCCAAACCGCGCUUCUAAACACCUGCCCGCUUAACCUGGAAGCCAGCCGCACCAAUGUGUAGGAGGAAACACAGUUCAACUGACGACCAAAGUCAGCCUGCAGGUGCACGGCCUGCCACAAGGAGUCGCUAGAGCGCGAUGAGACAAGUAAAGCACCCCCGGCCAAACCCUCCCCUAACUCGGACGACGCUGGGCCAAUUGUGCGCCGCCCUAUGGGAGUCACGGCUAGUUGUGACACAGCCUGGGAUCGAACCCGGGUCUGUAGUAAUGCAGUGCCUUAGACCGCUGCGCCACUCGGUAGGCCCCAUAGGCACUAGUUUUAAUGGAAAAGCCGCAAAUAUUUUUUCAGGUCAUAUUUACUCGAGGGGCAUAGGCCUGCAACGCAGCGUACGCAUAGCCUAUAGGCCUAGUGUUUAUUUAAUUUAUUAAUUCGGGUUCACAGUGUGGACCGAACAGAGGUUCCCGACUAAGUGUACAGUUACACCCCUAGUACACUUGGUUCUCACAUCAUUGAUUCUAAUUGGUGCUGUCUAGUUUCAAGGGACCAUUGUUCAAAUGUAAUAAUCCUGAUGGGCAUCUGAAUACAUGUGAGUACAUUGGAAACACUCUAAUUUACUUGUUCUUCUACUAGGUCUCUGUCAAGAGACAGAAGAAGAGAGAGGUCUAUCUCCAGAGACAGGAACCAUAAACCUUCAAGAUCCUUCUCAAGGUCCCGGAGGUAAAUGUGUGUGCGAGUGUUCACUGGCCGUAUUUUUAGGCCUAUGGGCAAUGUAUUGUAGUAAUUCACUGUGCAAGUUUUCUUGUUUCUGACAACUUCUGUGUAUAUUUUUUUCAGCCGCUCCAGGACCGCUGAGAGAAAGUGAGUGUCUGACAGUCUGAACUCUCAGUCCAAACCUGAGGAUGUCUUGUAUAGAAUCAGGUUCUGGAUGAGUGCAUUUUAUUUUUAAAUGAUUAACCUUUUUAGGUUUUGGUUUAGGUGAGACGGCCAUGUCUGUCCAUCUCUGAAACAAUUCUGUCUUUGCAAGCUGUAUAGUCCACAAUUUACUGUCUUUAUUCUACCAAAUGUGUCCCGUUUUCACUUGUUUAAGCAUACACAUGACUGACUUACUGUCCGACUACACCUAAUGCAUUGUCCAGUAGGGGAAGGGAUUGGUUUUGAACAUUCAGUCCAGCCUGAAUAUAGGGAGUAUUUGUCAAUGUGGGAAUGAUAUAACUACUUUGUAUUUGUUUCUGUUAAACUAUUUGAAGUGAUUGAAUUAAACAUUUGGUAACAUGUUUCCCUGGGCAUAACUUUUUGGAUUAUUGAUUAGAAUUAUGUUGAAUUACUUUUGCUUCUGAUUGUGACACACUGAAUGUUACAUUCUUGGAUGGGAGAUGGAAGGGUUGAAGUCUAACUCAAAACCUUUGUCAUUAAAUUGUUCUUAAGAUGGA